UCAGUCCAGGAGGACUCGCUUCCACACACUGGAGUUCAGCCUUUCUCACAGGACUAAACCUGCUAAGCCCGCGGUGUGUGAGGGUGAGCGAACUCCUUCAGAGGAGAAACCUUCUUUGAACGUGUUCUGAGAGAAAUGCCGUCUCGACUUUAAAGCUGAAGUGAACACUGCAUCUCUUGUAUCAUGGAAGACAUCACGCACAAACACAGAAUGGAACUGCAUGGAGGGCUUCAAGAUGGCCACAUGCAUCUGGGUGGUAAUCGAUAUGACCAAAUACAGGCAUCUCAUGCUGUUGGACCAGAAUCCUUUGGAGUGAGGGUACAGGUACAGGGUAUAGAGGGCCGUCCAUAUGUGGUUCUAAAUGGACAAGGUAGGCCUUCACAACCUCCUGCCUACCCAGAUGUCUUCUACAUGGAUCAGCCCUACCAGGAGUAUGUUUCAACUAUGAAUGGUCGAGGAUCCAGCGUCCCAAGCCCUCUAAUGGAUCAGAGAUCAGUGAGACACAUGCACACAGCAUCUCCAGAGGUUCCAGUGUCCACUAAAAACCCAGGCUCUCCCUUGCUAAACUACCAGAGACACCCUGAGCUCCUCAGACCCUAUGAUCCCAGGAACAAUAGUCUGGACCUACAGGGCCUUCACCACCAUCCUAAUAAUAAUGCUAAUAAAAUGGUUGACUCUGAUUUAAACCAGUGCAGCACAAACUCUUCACCUGUUUCUGCAUCUCAUGUGAUGGUAAAGCGAGCCAGGAUCCCCGUGCCUGGGACAGGGAGGGAAAGGGCCCAGGAGCACACUGAUUCUGGAGGAGGAGCAUCUUCAGAAAGUGUACCCUGCCGUCCAUCACACAUCAUCUGUAGGCUGUCUGUACCAGACUGUAGCAGUGACCACCGAAGGUCCUCACAAAGGAUGGGUAGAGCAAGACACAGAAACCAAUUGGGUCCUGAGGACAAGAGACGAUCACGAAGUGUCGGAGCAUCCAGCUCUGGUGACUCUUCCAGGACAAGCCCUGCACCUGGAGGAGGACGAGGGAUGGGAGAGGGAGUAGGAGCUGGACUCGAUUAUGCUCAGCAUGACACCCUGCCAAGGAUGAAAACAGAAGAGAGCAUGUAUGAGGACGAUAUAAGAUCUCUAACUGCAGCCCAGUUAGAAGAACAGCAGAAGGAAAUGAUGAAGCCGUCAAGAUUGGGAAGAGUUAUUUACAGAAUGGAGAGGAGAAAUUUCUCUAAAUCUGUUCAACAGAAUGGUGACCACUCAAGCCCAGAUAGAGAGGCCCAGGUUACCCCUGAUAUUUUGAAAGGACAGCGAGAGCUUCUAGAGCAGCCAAAUGAAGAUGCAACUAAACUAGUGCUGUUCAACUACCUCAAAGAAGGGAGUGGUGAGGGUGAUGAGAUCAUCAAGCAGAAGGUGAAUCUGUUGUUUGAGAAGAUCCAGAUGUUGAGGUCGUGUGCUGUCCAGAAGGUGGAGGAGCUCUCUGACUCAGUGACUGAAGUAAAACAGCUCCAGGACAAAAGGGCAGCACUAGAGAGCGAGGUCACCCAGCUCAAACAGCAACUAGAGGAGGAAAUUAAGAACAGAGAGAGCCUGUCAGAGGCAAGUGAGAAGAGCACAGAGGAACUGAAGAAGCUUCAGGACAAGCUAAGUAGGAGUGAACAGGAGCAAGUGUCACUUCGGCAGCGGCUGACUGACAUGGAGAAAGAGUUGCAAGUUUCACUGGAAAAACUCCUGCAGAUGAAGAGGGAGCGAGAGCAGAGCCGGGCAGAGGCGAAGGGUCUACAGCAGCAGCUCUCAGACAUGCACGAUGAACUAGACAACACCAAGAGCACAGAGCAGGGGGAGAGAGACACCAUCCUACAGGAGCUAGCUAAUUUGCGUAUGGAGUUCCAAGAGUUGCAGCAGCUGGAGGAGGAGCAGGAGGAGCUGUUGCGAUGGAAGGAGAGGGAGCUCACUGCUCUAAAGGGGGUGCUAGAAGAGGAGAUUUCAUCUCAUGCUAAGGAGGUGGAAACAAUGAAGGAGCAACACCAGGAGGAGGUGCAAAAGCUACUCAAGGCCAUAGAAGAAGCUAAAGAGGGCAUGGAAGCUCUGGGUCAGGAGAAAUCACAGGUAGAAGCCGAGCGGGGAGAGAGCAGGGCCCAGGUGAAGGAACUCACUCUAGCUAAAGAGCUGCUGCUCAGUCAGGUCCACAGCCUGGAGACUCAAAUCACCACUCUCAACAACAUCAUACAGCAGGAAAAGAACCAAGAGAGUCAACUCAGAGAACGCCUGGACAAACUGAUGGAGGAGAAAGAGAGGCUUGAGGAGGAGUUUUCAGAGGUGAGACAACAAGAAGAGGACAUGUGUGGUGCUAACAGAGCUCUGACCAGACACCUGGAGGACACACAGAGUGAGCUGACCAAGCUGAACUCUGAACACCGGCAGCUGAAGGAGAGACUGAAGGAGGAGAAAAGGCAGGUGGAGGAGCUAAGAAAGAGCAAGAGGGGGCUUGAAGAGGAGAGGAGGAAGCAAGACAGAGUAUUUGAGAAACUACAGGAAGAGAUGAAUGCAUUGUUAAUGGGUUCAGAGAGGGAGACCCAGAGAUUGCAGGAUCAAGUGGAUGAAGCCAGGGAGCAGAGCCUGAAGGAGCUCAGUGUUCUGCGCACACAGCUACACAACACCCAGACUGAGCUGGAGAAACACACACACGCUUCACAAGAGUGCCAAAAAGAGGUGUGUCGGCUGGAGACUGAGUUGGCUCAGCGUGAGGGGGAGUUGGAGCAGGCUGAGUUAAAGUGUAAGCAGCUGGAGAAAAGAGUGGAGGAGCUGCAGGAGAUCAGCAAAACCACACAGGACGACCGAGACAGACAAGUCAAACUCAUGGAGGAACGGGUGGCUCAGCUGCAGGAGGCUCUGGCUGAGGAGCGCAGCAGUGGAGACUCACUGAUGCAGAGAAUGGAGAGAGUCAGAGAGCAGGUUGAGCAGGUAAGAGGAGAGUUGCUGCAGGAGCGAGCUCAAAGGCAGGACCUGGAGUGUGACAAGAUCAGUUUGGAGAGACAGAACAAGGACCUGAAGAGUCGAGUAUCCCAUCUAGAGGGCUCGCAGAGGUCAGGUCAAGAGGGUCUCGUGUCCAAACUGGAGCUUCGUAUUCAGGAGCUGGAGGAGAGACUUCUAGAAGAGGAGAGAGACAAUAACACUCUGCAGCAGGCGAACCGUAAGUUUGAGAGAAAGAUGAAGGAGAUGACUAUGCAGGUGAAUGAUGAGCAGCUCUCUCUUCAAAACCAGAGGGACCAGUUGACUCUGCGCCUGAAGACACUGAAGAGGCAGCUUGAUGAGGCAGAAGAGGAGAUAGAGAGACUUGAGCACAGCAAGAAGAAACUCCAGAGAGAAUUGGACGAACAGCAGGAGAUCAACGAGCAACUUCAGAGCCAGCUCACAGCCCUGCACACUGAGCUAAGGCGUAAGAAGAAACCUGUACUGAAGAGUCUGGACGACGACGACGAUGAGGAGGAUGAUGAAGGGAACGUGAGCUCAGGCUGAGAGACUGUCAAACACAUUAGGAAUUAGUUAUUACUACAAAGUAACAUUAAUGUCAGUUAUUGUUUUAUGUUCAGCAUAAUUGAAAAGGUCGAACAAACACCAUGUUUGUACUGAAUUAUGUAUUCCUGAAGUGCCAUUACACUUGUGAAUUGUGAAUCUGCCUAUGACUAACCAGCAUGUCAUUAGUGUGAUCUUCUGCCCCCUUCUGGUGACAUAAUGGAAGAGCAUUGCUUCAGGCAUAAUGCUUACUGUGAGUUUUGA